AUGAAGCCUGAAGUUACUGGUCAUUUGCCAAAAUCAGAAAGUAAUAAACCAAACACAAUGACCACGCAAGCCUGUAAGAGGCGGAGGUCAGUUUAUAUAAGCAGUGGAUCGGAAGAUUCUGGUACAGAUUCAGAGGUGGAGGGAAGUAAACGGUCUCAAAAAUCUGGAACGACGUCAAUUUCUUCAUCUGAGCAUCGACCAUCUUCUAACAACAAGGCUGGAAGCAUGAAUGCUAGCAAGACAAGGGUCUGUAGAAAUAUUCUGGGGAAGCUCAUGGAUCACCCAGGUGGUUGGCUUUUCCAUAAACCGGUUGAUCCGGACCUAUUUGGCAUUCCUGAUUACUUUGAUGUUAUCCGCAAUCCAAUGGACUUGGGCACUGUCAAGAAGAAACUCACAAACAAGAAUUAUUUAAGCACCGAUGAGUUUGCAGCAGAUGUGAGACUAACAUUUUCAAAUGCAAUGACGUAUAAUCCUCCUGGAAAUCAGGUUCACACAGUAGCUGAACAGCUGAAUAUAAUGUUUAAUUCUGAAUGGACAUCAUAUGAAAGAAAAUGGAGCGACAGAAAUCUGAAGCCAGUGCAGUUGCCGAUGAAGGUAAUUAAGGCUCAUGUGGCUGUCAAUUCAAAGCCAGUGGUUUCUAGAGGGCUGGUCGCAUGCUCAGAUUCAUCUGCAAAGAAGACAUUGACAAAUGCAAUAUCCUCCAAAGUAAAAAUUAAGUUUUGUGUGCGUGGCUCGGGGCAGACCUUAUCCAAAGAGACGCCUGUGCAAGCAGCUGGUAGCAAAGAGGGCUCUUUACAUCAUUCUAUCGCAUGCACCAAGGUUUCGACAAUACAUCAUUCUAUCCCAUGCACCAAGGAGAGCGCUAACACAACUAAGGUCCAGUCAAGUGAGCACAGAGUUCAGUCGAUUGGAAAUGAAUCACGGUCUUGCAGUGAUACUUCAACUUCGCCUCUUUCUUCCUAUGGACAAGGAGAUGGAAGUUAUUUACAAGCUGAACCUUUGUCACCAGCCAAGGCCCUUCGUGCAGCAAUGCUUAAGAGACGUUUUGCUGGAACGAUUGUGAAGGCACAGCAGAAGGCACUUCUGGACCAUGGGCAGCAAAUAGACCCUGCAAAAUUACAGUUGGAAAAGGAGAGGCUGGAAAAAAGGCAGCAAGAAGAGAAAGAAAGGAUUGAAGCCCAGGUGAAGGCCGCUGAAGCUGCUGCACAGUUCAAGUUAGAUGAAGAAUUAAGGAAGAAGAGGGAGCGAGAAAGAGAGGCAGCACGCCUGGCACUACACAUGAUGAAGAAGACCGUUGACAUUGACAACAGCGACUUCCUAAAGGACCUGGAAAACAUCAGCAAAAAGUGGGAACUAAACCCUCCUGCCAAGCUAAUUGUGGAUUUCGUCGACGGGAUGGAGCUCCCACCUGGCCUCGGAAGCCCGCUGGAGAGGCUCGGGCUUUUCAUGAAGAGAGACAUCGAAGAAGAGGUCGAAGAUGAAAUGGAGGACAGCGUAUCAGCACCCUCCGUGGAUGUCGACAGCGUAUCACCACCCUCCGUGGAUGUCGACAGCAUAUCACCCCCCUCCGUGGAUGUCAACAGCAUAUUACCACCCGCUGUGGAUAUGGAUAUCGACGGGGAGGAAGGAGAGAUCGGCUGCUGUGGGUAG